AUGAGUGUCAUACUGUGUACAGCUGGAUAUGACCACACGAUUCGGUUCUGGGAAGCGCUGUCGGGGAUAUGCUCGAGAACAAUCCAACAUCCGGAAUCCCAAGUGAACAGACUAUGCAUUACACCAGACAAAAAGUACCUGGCAGCCGCGGGCCGUCACAUGGUGCGGCUCUACGACAUCAAGUCCACCAAUCCCAACCCGAUCAUGCAGUUCGAAGGCCACACGAACAAUGUGACUGGGGUCGCAUUUCAUUGUGAAGGAAAGUGGAUGGUCACGAGCUCUGAAGAUUGCACGGUAAGAGUGUGGGACACGAGGACGGGGAUGAUCCAGAGAAACUAUCAACAUUCACACCCGGUAAAUGACGUGGUGAUUCAUCCAAACCAGGGGGAACUGGUCAGUUGCGAUCGAGGAGGGAAUAUUCGUAUCUGGGAUCUGGGCGCAAGUCGAUGUACCCAUCAACUUGUUCCCGUGGAAGACAUUUCCAUGGCCAGCGUGAGCGUUGCGAGCGACGGCUCUCUGCUCGCUGCUGGAAAUAACCUGGGCGACGUCUACAUCUGGCGCGUGUAUCAAAACCACGACUCAACCACCCUCCUCCCUUGUCGCGCAUUCAAAGCCCACAAGGAUUACCUCACUCGUCUUCUCCUGUCGCCAGACAUCAAAUAUCUUGCCACCUGUAGCUCCGACCAUACCGUCCGCGUGUGGAAGAUCGAUAUGAACGAGGAACAUCUUGAAGAUCUCAAUGAACCACAAACCCCCCCAAUAUCACAACAGCAGCAUGAUGAAUCAACCAGCCAUGCAGGACCUAACCCGAACAACCCCCACACUAUCACGGUCUCACACUCCCAGCCCUCCUUUCCCACGGCAGAAAUUGAUAAAAACAUCGACUUCUCCGACCCUAAGCUGUCCCACUCCACCCCAUCUCUCGCAUCGACUGCCUCGCAACAAUUCCGCCCAACCACCGACCUGAUCUCCAUCCGCCGACCCCUCCCCUGUCAUGCCAUCUUGGACAUCCACCAGCGCUGGGUCUGGGACUGCGCCUUUAGCGCCGACUCUGCGUACCUCGUCACCGUCUGCUCCGACCACUACGCUCGCCUGUGGGAGAUUCUCACGGGGAAGAUCAUCAGACAGUAUAGCGGCCAUCACAGGGGCGCAGUGUGCGUCGCGUUGAAUGAUUACAGCAAUCCGCCUUAG